AUGGAUUAUCAUCAUGAUACACCAGGUCACCUGACCAAGCCCAUGACCAGGUCUAAACACAUCACCUGUAGCUUCAUGACAAGGCACAAGGUGAAGCUGAUCCCAAUCUCUCAAAGGAUCAGCCCACCCUAUGACAACCACUGUCAUACUGACCGACUAGGUGCCAGAUUCAAACAUGUAGUUGCAACAGCUCCUUUCUCUUUGUUUUGUUUACAGCCUGGGACAGUCAUAAUCUGGGCAUGCCUUAAAGCUGUGGUGUCCAACAGGCUAGCCACAUGGGGCUAUUGGUCAGCUCUUUGCAAAGGGCGAAUCGUGAGGGUGCCCAAAAGCCCACUCAUUCGAGUUGAAGGUACAGAGACGGUGAUCCCCUGCAAUGUUACUGACUAUGAUGGACCCAGCGAACAGAACUUUGACUGGGAAUUUUCCCAGGGAACUGACUUUGUGCGUAUAGUGAGCACCUGGGACUUGUCAUUCACCUCCCAGCAAUACCAGAAGAGGGUUGAUGAUAAGGAAAUUGUGCUGAGGCGGAGCAGUAAUAAUGCUGUGGAACUCCUGAUCAGAAAUAUCCAGCCAGUUGACCAAGGAGAAUACAAGUGCAUCACCCCUAGCACAGAUGCCACUGUUCAGGGAAAUUAUGAUGCUACGGUCCAAGUGAAAGUGAUUGCCGAUGGCUUAACUGUGCGUGGUUCUAAAGCCCGGUCCUCAAUCUCUCGCAAACUCUCUGAGGGAGACUCGUUUGAAUUGUACUGCUCUGCAUCCACCACCUCCUCAGAACACACUCACCUGCAAGUUACCUGGGAGCUCAAGAAUGGCACAGCCUGGGAGGAGAUCCUCUCUCUGACGCACGAGGGCAAGUUCUGGUCCAGCCCAGAGUAUGAAGAGCGCUACCUGAGCGGAGAAGUGCGCUUGGACACUGUGGGGAAUGACACUUACCGACUGUCUGUCUCCCAGGCGCUGCCAAUGGAUGGGGGCAACUACAGGUGUCUUGUGAGUGAGUGGGUGAAAGGUGCCGAUAGUUCCUGGCAGAAGAUCCAGGAGAAGAAUGUGGAAGUAGCAAGCGUGGUAGUUCAGCAGACGGCUCUGGAUGUGCUUAUUACCACGAGCAACAUGUCUGUGACUGAAAGGGACUCCCUGGACCUCACCUGCAACAUCACAACAGACAGAAAUGGCAUCUUCCAAGCUGAGGUUACGUGGUAUUUCAGUCAAUCACCUGAUACUACAUUGUUGGAUGCCAAGGUUUUGUUGAGUGUGGACCAUGAUUCAUUGGUCAGUGACUCUUCCCUCAUCAGCCUGAGUUACAUGGAUAGCAAGUCCUACCGCAUGUUGGUGCGAGAUGUGGGUGUGGACGAAUCUGGCUACUAUUUCUGCCGAGCAGCUGUCUGGGCACCACAGAACAAUAGAGGCUGGCACAAGGUGGUGGAAAAGACCUCUUCCCCCGUCAACGUGGUGGUGACAACAUUAGAGCUGGACUACCAGGUAUUUCUGAGUGCUUCAAAAAUGCCUACAUUUUCAGAUGACCCCACAGAACUGGAAUGCAGGAUUACGAAUGUGCAGAACACAGAAGCAAACACACGUUUUACAGUCUCCUGGUACUACAGAAUGCUCCUGCUCAGCGAUGAUGUUGCAACGGACCAACUUCUUGCCACGAUGGAUGCAGACUGGACGUUGACGGUUGGGAAUAGGAGCAGACAGAGGACCCAGAAUGGGGAAAUAAUUUUCUUUAAACAGGCCAUGGAUAUUUUCAGUUUACGAAUCCAGUCGACCUCUGAAGCAGACAAAGGGGAUUAUUACUGUGUUGUCUCUGCCUGGAGAAGGCACCACAACAACAGCUGGGUAAAGAGCAAAGAUGUGACUUCCAUUCCUGUCAGAGUUUUCUGGGAGAAUCAAGACUAUACACUAACAGUGGAGGCUGUGAAACUGAAGCCAUUCUUCGUGGCAGGUCACACCUUUGAGAUGACAUGCAAGGUAUCUUCCCAAAACAUCAAGACACCACGUUACUCUGUUCUCAUUACAGCAGAGAAGUCGCUGACAGGCCAAUCAAACCUUAAUGGGACCACUCGCAUAAUCUCCUUGAACCAAGAUUCGGUGGUAAGACUAGAAGACUGGACAGACCAGGCCCGAGUGGAUGGUGUGGUCCUGGAGAAAGUUCGGGAGAAUGAGUUCCGCUAUAGGAUGUACCAGACACAGAUAUCUGACGCUGGUCUGUACCGCUGUGUGGUGACCGCUUGGUCCCCUGGUGGCGGUGGCAUGUGGCGAGAGGCAGUGAAUGGCUUCUCCAAUCCCAUCCAGAUAGACUUCCAUACCUCAGGUCCCGUGUUUAAUGUCUCAGUGCAUUCGGACUACCCGACGAUUUACCAGGGUGAGCUGGCGGAUCUGCUCUGCAUUGUCACCAUCGAAGGAGCGGCACUCGAGCCAGAUGAUUUGGCCUUUGACGUCUCCUGGUUUGCUGUGCACUCCUUUGCAUUAGACAGACCCCCUGUCUUGCUAGCUUCGUUGGAUCGGCAAGGGAUCGUAUCCCAGGCCAGGAGGAACUGGAGCAGUGAUGUCAGCCUAGAGAGGAUUAGCCCCAUGGAGUUCCGGCUGCGGGUGCAUGGCUCUGAGGACCAGGACUUUGGCAACCAUUACUGCUCAGUAACCCCUUGGGUACGCUCAGCCACCGGUGUUUGGCAGCGGGAACCAGAGAUCAAAUCCAAGCCCAUAUUCAUAUCUGUGAAAAUGGAUGUGCUGAAUGCUUUGAAGUACCCACUGUUGAUAGGCAUUGGUCUAGCCACCAUCAUCGGACUCUUAUCCUGCCUCAUUGGCUACUGCAGUUCCCAAUGGUGUUGCAAAAAGGAAGUUCAAGAAACCCGACGGGAGCGACGCCGGCUAAUGUCUAUGGAGAUGGACUGAGUGUGGGAAUGACAUUAUGCACGUUUCGGGACAGAUUGGGGGAGAUGGCCUGAGGCUGAGGUGUGUGACACACAAACACCCAAUGGACAGUAUCUCUUUCUCUGAUCUAAGCCAGGACCUAAAGCUUCUCCUAUCCACAUGCUAAGUUCUGAGAGCACAGGCCGUGUGUACCAGCACAGAGCUCUUCUUCCAGGGACAUUUAUUGUGGGGAUAUUUUCUUCUGACACGCAAACUGUUCAGCAGCCUUCAGACAAGAUUCACUGUUUAAAUCCUUUUGUCUUGUUUUUAGGAUCUCUCUUUGUGUGUUAACGUUGUUGGGAGGGGUGUGUAUUGUGAUGGGCUGAGCUUGGAAGAAAUAUUUUGCCUUUUAUACAAUUAGCUGACCUGUUCCUAGAGUUUUGUUCACAUGUCCAGUGCUGGGAAGGAAGCUAGUACUUGUCCGGUGAGAGUGCUGUAGUCAAGAGCAGGUUUUUGGUUGUCAAGGUGCCCUCUCUUCCCCGAUUUUCAGGGGGGUUGCCUUUCUCAGCAGAGUUACACGUAUAUUGAUGUGUCUGCUUGAGAGAAUUUUUUUAAUCUUUUUCUUUUUUAUAAAAAAAAAAAAAACCAAACCUUUUAAGUUGGUAUUUUGUUCUAGUGAAAAGGGUGAGCUUGGCAGCCCUAGAGACUGAAUGCUCAGACCAAGUACUUCAUAGUGCAGGCCUUCCUUCCCACCACAACCCCUCCCACCCUGCCUCAACUCUGACCCACAGGAAGCACUGCUCUCCUUGAGUGGUGAGUUCCAUCUCCAUGGCCUCUCUGCUGAGACUGCCAGCAAAGCAUUAGUUCACAGUCAUGGCGGUGGCAAUGGGCUUUAGGAAGAAGGUGGAGAUUUUUUCAGGUGUGUGGAGGUAUGUGGCCAAUGGGUGUUUGGCUGGAAAGGAUGUAGGAAACAGCUGUUACUUAUACACAGCAAGUUCUAAAGUCAUUUCCAUUUUGUUUCCUUCCUAACACAAAUCUCUGCAAUAUCCAGUUUGGCUGCAGAGUGUCUGUGAUUGACAAUAGCCAAAUGGUGACUCAGCACGGGUAUGAAAUCAGGCCAUCGUGGGGGAGGGAGUUUGUAUUUUACAAACCUCUGUCUUUUUGUACAUUCAGUGAUCCCUGUCUUUCAAUGGGUUCUCUCCAUUGCUGGCCACUGCAUGGGGGUGGAUCUCUCCGGGGGGCUGUUGAGGCAUAUUCAUAGGUGCUAUAGUAUGAAAGCCCAGCCCAGGUCUUCCACGUUCCCCUGGCAUGGCUCCUAAGGAGCUGCUCUCAGCUAUCCGGGCAGCUCUGUUCUCCUAGCACAGCUGGUGUUUUUAAGCAAUAAAAGUCAAAUGUGUACAAAAGAAAUAUUCUGAUACCAUAUCCAGGGUUUGGCUAAUAUCAACAAAGAUGGGAAAUUGAAUAAUGGCCAGUGCUCCAUCCUGCUCCAUUAUGCUUUAGGAAAAAAGAACCAGUGAUAGAUUAAACCCUCUGUAAAAGUUAGAGGCCCUGCUGUACUGUUAACCAUCUAGGCUUUCAGUAUUUUCUAGGUAAUCUCUCUGACUAGUAGCUCUGUCCUUGUUAUUAACAUGACUUCAUUUCACAACUGUCCCAGUGAAGUCUUUGACUUGGUUUUAUUGUAAUCACUGCAAACUGCAUUGAUUGAAGAUGUUCACAUUCAUUUACCUUUGUCUUGAUUUUUUUCCCCCAGUAUUGGCACAAGAUGUUUUCCCUAAGAGGGACUGCGGCUAAGAUUUUUUCACCUGUGACUGUUUAUUUUGGGUGGGUGUGUUUCAGAAACAGCCCAACUUUACAAAGAGUGAGUGCGCAGCACUUUUUUUUUUUUAAUUUGGCCCCCUUAUGAUGUCUGACAUGGUCAUCCAGAAAUGGAGGCCCUAAAAUCACUGGUCACCACUGGGAAAUCUUGGCCUGAAUCUUCUCAGAAGCCUUCCCAAUAGAUAGCUUUUUUUUUUUUUUUUUGCAACUACGCAACAUGCUUCAGUGCCCUUGCUGAAUCUGAAGGCAGGUGCAGUGAGAAGCUGUCUGGGGAGGGAUGCACAGCCAUCAAGGCACAUGAAUUCCCUGUGUGUACAUUGUACGAACUUGCCUUUAUGCUCUUCAGAAAGAAGAAAGCCCAGGAGCCAAUUUGCUAAAGCAGGAUCCCUUCCUCUUCUGGAACCACCACAGAAUGUAUGUUCUCUCCUGCUCUGCUUUACCGCUGAGGCAUUGCUUGCUGGGCAUGUGAAGCACCGAGUUUGCAUUGAUGCUCUUUCCCAUACACAGCUGAAUAACUCAUCUUUCCUGCUUUAAUAUUUGCUUUCCUCACAUCUUUGCCAUUUCUUUUAGCAUGUGUGUCUGCUGCGGGGGGGACUGGGGGGGGAGAUCAGUUAGUUAAAGCACAAGUCACUCGCUCUCCUUUCAGGUUUAACCCUCAUCUCCAUUGCUGUCAGUUAUGUUUGGGGGAAACGGAAUUGGCUUGGAAUGCAGUAAUAUGGAAUGAACAAGCAGGGAAUGGCAGCUUCUCUGAAGCAUACGCUUCAUAUUGGCAUUUUCUCCCUGCAGAAAGAAACUCAGGGUUAUUUUGACUGGGGGGUUAGGAGGAUUUGCUUGCCUGUUAGUGAGGGGGGUCUCCAUGUCCUUAGCUAUCAUCAACCUCUUUCUUCAAGUAGUGUCACUGUGGGUGCUCCAUUGUGUGUGUUUGUGAGACUCUCAUGAGCCAUGUUCAAUCCGGUAUUGAGAUCCUUUUGCCCCGCAACCAAUCUGUAUCAGGCUACACAAAUGAACCAGCCCCUCCAUUCUUUCUGAGCUGCAUUGGCACCAUGGUGUUAGCAUAUCCGCCUCUUGCCUAACUCAUCGGUUACAGAGUUUCUCUCUAGUUGGCUGGUUUUGGUUUUAGUAGUAGUUAGAUAAGUAUUUUAAUUUUUAAAAAAAGAAUGUUUUUCAUUAUAGAGGAUGGAGUCCAAUCUUAAGACUUUUCUGUUUGCUCACCCCACACUUGUGAGAGUCAUGAAAAACCUGGGGAUCCUCUUCCCGCAGGUCUUGUGUGGGGCCUGAACUUAGUUCCCAAAAGCCUCCCACAGCUCCCUUUUGAACCAAGGGUGACCUGCUCCUGAUUGAAUUUAUUGAGGAAAAAGAGCCUUCCUAGUACCUACCAUUACCUCAGCUUGCAGAGUCAGAGCUAUUGGGGCCUUAAUAGCAGAUGCCUGCCCCUCGCCCCUCCCCCCCAUAAUGUUCCACAAGGAUAAGGUGUCCUUACGGCCACAUCUCAGGUUUCUGCCUAAAAUAACCUGUGAAUUUCACCUGAAUUCCACCUGAAUCAGAGCAUAUACCUAUCAGGGUUUUUUUUUUUUCAAGCCAUAUACUUCCAAUGGGGGAAUGUUCUCCAUGCUCUGGAUGUCAGGAGGUCACUAUCCUUCUGUCUGAACAGAACUACGCCAUUUUGCAAAUCUAAUAGGCUGUUUUUAACCUGUCUGCAUCUGAAAUAGAGUGCUGCCAAUUUCUACCUGGAGAUGCUCUCUAAAUCUAUUUCUGCGGGUUGACAUUCCACUGCCAUUGGCAUGUUGCUGCAUUUGACUAAAUUGCUAUCUACAUCUCUGGCUCUCCUUAACAAUGUUCCCUUUUCAGAAAUCUACAGAGCUGUCACAUGGUCUUCAGUUAUAUAGCUUCUCUAGGCACAGAUGCAGCUAUUUGCAGUGCAGUUCUGUCUUCAGUGAUGGAUUCCAAUUCUAAGCUCCCUGUGCUAGGGAGGGGAUACUGCUCAGGAGUGACCAAAAGCGGAGAACCCCUAUGGAGACUACUCAAAGACAAGAUUACUCACCCUGUGGUAGUAACUUUGCUUCUUUGAGAUGUGUCCCCCUAUGAGUGCUCCUCUACCACCCUCCUUCCCUUCUGUGUCAAUUUCCUCUGAGAUUCAGUAGCGCAGAAGACACUGAUGGGGCAGUUCAUCCGUGUAGCCUGAUACAGCCUCAGCGCAGGGCUGAACGGACACUGCUCAUGUAAAUCUCCAUAUGGGGCACACCUCAGUGAAGGAUCCAUAGAGACUUAAACCCUGAAGAACUACAGGUACUGCACAAGGUGAGCAACCUCUUCCAUCAUAGAUCAUAACACAUCUCCUUGCUGUUCCUAGUAAAAGGAGUUGGCCACUAGAUUGCAUGGCUGCUAGGCCUAUGGGAGGUGGUGCUCCAUCCCCUUUAACCCCUGUUGUUGCUGUAUUUUUGAAGGCUGCAAUCCUUGGGACAGUAGUUUCCCAGCAGGCUUCCUUCCAAGUGUGCCAAUUUUGUAUUCUCCUCUCUUUUUAUAUAAUAGGAAUCUCCUCCCUAGCUAGAAAAAUUGUGUGUCUUAGUCACUUUUUUGUCAUGAUUUUUUUUUUAACUCCGUGUAACAACUUGUGUGUGUUAGGAGUGGUCGGUAGCAGAGGGUGUUAAGGAUUAAGCCACAUGGGGCUUGGAUGACUUCAGUACCAUCGAAGCUGCACCUCCUGGGAUUGAAACCAGUAGCCAAGUAUGCUAAGGGCUCCGGCCGAUCUUACUCUGUUCCCUUUGCCACAUGUUUUUUACUCAGUUACAGUAAGGAAAUUCUGCUGGGCUCUGAACCAGGCAUUGCUUGAAAAUCACUUAAUGAAAUGGACAGGAAUUUGUAGAAGGUAUGAAAUAAGGUGUUUGGCACAAUUCUGGAAUGCAGGAAUGGAGUGGUUCUAAUGAUGCUAUGUCAUGUUUCUUUUUAUGUUAAAAAAAUAAAGAGCGAAUCUUUUGAUAACCA